ACCCCAGGAUGAGCAUCACAUCACAGUGUAUACCCCCGAAGAUAGCCCGAACACCACAUAUAUACCGACAUGCCGCACACCCGACGUCCCAGAAAACCCGAUUCCAAACUCCAGCAGCAGAAACGCCUGCAAGUCACCGACGCGGACGGCUGGACGCACGUUACCACCAACCAAAACGUGCGACGGGCACUGCGCCCAAACCAGAGCGCCGACGGAGGCCAAUCGUCAACUCCAGCGCUGCUCCCAGCCGAAGCUCCCUCGCAAUUGACCCUCGACGACCUUCAAACCCAGUUCAAUGGGUAUCGCGAGAGAUGGGAGGGGUCGGAGACUUGGCGCGUGAUGGCGGAUACACUCCGGACGAGGUUCGAAGAGAGCAGUUCGAUCGCUGAUUCAGAUCCCCGCGCGACUUCGCUGAAGAACAUCGUCUGCAUUGGUCUUGGAAGCCCGAGCGGGUUUCUGCGAGGGGGGUGGGUAGAUCGCCGGAGUGUGUCGCUGUAUCAGCUCGCUGCGUUGGUGGGCGUCACGGAAUUGAUGAAAAAAUACCACCCUUCGAUCACCGCCUACGCCCAAGAUCCCGUCUUCAACCAGCUCGACCGGUCGCUCCUCAAGACUCUCGGGAUCACCGUUCUCGAUCACCCCGAGGGGUUUGCAAAGGUCUCCGAUCGGUCAUUCCUGUACUGUCCCGGUGCGGAGCGGACGCAUCUUGAGCAAUUGCUUGGGAUUGAGUCCGAGGUUGUGAAUCGGUAUCUCGGCGCUAGAGAGUCAGUGCGAGUUCCUACAUUUGAAAGCAAUGAGCAUGCGUUUUGGAAUAUGCGCUUGUACCUUUUGAAGAAGGAAUGA